AUGAAGGUGUUCGACGUUGACGGAACCUGCAUCUGCCUCGGCCUUUUCGUUGACGUCACCAACUCCAAUGAACUUCUGAGUUUGAUGCAAGCUGGAACUCUGGAACCAGAAGUAGCAUUACUCAAUGCAUUACUUAUCCCAGAUGUUUUCCCGGUUCUUGCCGCUGCACACAAGACACUUCUAGCUAAAUCACGAGAAUCUUUGACAACAAAGACUUUGCAUUCUGAGCUUGUUUACAAUUAUUCAGGCUCUAAGCAUAUUUCAGAAUCGUUUAAGAGAUGUGGCAUCUCAGAAAGCUCGACAUAUAUACUUGUGGCAUGGUUCAAUGCCUCUGUCGAUGAGGUGACUGCCAUAGGGGAACUGAUCAAGGGGAAGGAGAUUGAAUUAGAUGAGUUGGAUGGGAGGGCAGAUCACUCACAAAUACAAAAGCAUUACAAAAUAUCAAGCUUGGAGUUGGGAGUAUCUUCCCUUGCCGAUGCGAUAACAUCCAGGAUUGCUGUCCGCGAUGCAUUGUGA